AAGAUGCUCUGUAUAUCUCAUGAUGAUGAUGUCUGAAACAAACAGUUGUGAUAUACAGUUAUAUCCAUCAAUGGCUUUGCAUUUCAUUUUUGCUUUAAAUACAAUCCCAUCUUCUUUCUUCCCAAAGUUAUCAUCUUUCACGAUUCAUAACUGCACUCUCUCUCUUUCUCUCUCACACACAAACACACACUUCGUCUUCGUCUGCAUGGCGGCACGGCAAUUACCUCCCAAAUCUCAAACGCUACUACCGCCAAUCAUGACCCACCAAACAUGGAACUCUUCACCAUCAUUCCAUCUCCAAACAAUGGCGCCCAUCGUCUCCUCCUCCGGCGAAGGUCUGAUCAAUUGGCCAGUUGAUCAUGAUUUCGCCGACUUCACCUGGGCAAGACGUAAUACCCACCGGAGAUCCGCCAGCGAUUCCGUCGCCUUCCUUCCAAUGCUCGUGGAUGAUUCCCCGCCAAAUUCUUCUCCCACCGCCGCUGCUGUCGCCGGAUUCGAUGGACUCGACGAUGAACAACUCAUGUCAAUGUUAGCAGACGAAAUGGGAAUGAGAACCUCCGAUGUCGACCCAUCGACACCGUCCGAUGACGACCAUGAUCACUACUUACAUAAGCAGCCCAAGGAAGAGAUGUCUGAUUCCACGCAUAUGAACACCACAAUUUCAGGUCCUGCCACCGGCGACACCAUUGUCGAUCCCAAGAGGAUUAAAAGAAUAUUGGCAAACCGUCAAUCGGCUCGAAGAUCUAGAGUCCGUAAACUACAAUACAUAUCAGAACUCGAGCGAAGCGUAACAACUUUACAGACAGAAGUAUCAACAUUAUCACCUAGGGUGGCAUUCUUGGAUCAUCAAAGGUUGAUCCUCAAUGUUGAUAAUAGUGCCUUGAAGCAGAGGAUUGCUGCCCUUAUUCAAGACAAGCUUUUUAAAGAUGCACAUCAAGAAGCGUUAAAGAAAGAAAUAGAAAGAUUGAGGCAAGUUUACCACCAUCAAAACCUCAAGGCUUCAGACGUCAAAGAUGGUUGAUUUUUUUUAAUUAUAAUUAUGUGAAUAUGUUAACUUAAUUAAGUUACAGAUUUUAAAUUAUUUAAUUUGAAUCUUUGUGAACAAGUUCAAGUUUUGCUUCAAAAAAACAAAUAAAAAAAAGAGCUUUCCAUUGAUUUUUUAUUUUUAAUUACUCUAUUUGUAAAAUAUGAGUUUUAGUUGUGGGAAGGACAAAAUUAGUCUCUUCCUUUGUUGUUUAUUGAAUUUCUCCCCUUGAGGCAUGUAAUAGUUUAUUAUUGGUAUAAAUUUUAAUUACCA